CAUUGCGGUGGCUGCGGGUUAGGUAGGGUGUGAGAAGUUAGUGGCGCUGCUGCUGUGAGGGGACGGAGACGGCGUUUCCCCCUCCCCUCCUCCCACGGGCUUAAGCUUGGAUCGGCGCGCGAUGCUCACGGACGGCACGGCCGCCCCGACCCCCGCCGGCGAUGAGGAGAUAGACUCGGUGACGCCCCGCGCUGCCCCGGCCGCCAUCGUCGAGGCCUCCACGGCUGGGCCUAACCCGCUGGGCUUGCGGGCCGUGCGCCUCUUCGGCGAGGCCGGGCCCUGUGGGCCGGCAGGGCCGGCAACAACUUCGGGGGAGGCCGGGGCCGCCGCCGCCGCCGCUCUCGACUUUAAACUGGCGGCCGCUGUGCUGAGAAGCGGGGGCGGCGGAGGGUCCGGCAGCGACGAGGACGAGGUGUCUGAGGUUGAGUCGUUUAUUUUGGACCAAGAAGAUCUGGAUAACCCGGUGCUUAAAACAACAUCAGAGAUAUUUUUAUCAAGUGCUGCAGAAGGAGCAGACCUACGAACAGUAGAUCCAGAAACGCAAGCAAGACUAGAAGCCUUGCUGGAAGCAGCAGGGAUUGGUAAAUUGUCCACUGCCGAUGGUAAAGCCUUCGCAGAUCCCGAGGUGCUCCGAAGAUUGACUUCUUCUGUCAGUUGUGCAUUGGAUGAAGCUGCUGCUGCAUUGACACGGAUGAGAGCAGAGAACAAUCACAAUGCAGGACAAGUGGACAAUCGCAGUUUGGCAGAAGCAUGCUCGGAUGGGGAUGUAAAUGCUGUCCGGAAGCUGUUGGAUGAAGGAAGAAGUGUAAAUGAACAUACAGAAGAAGGGGAGAGUCUCCUUUGCUUGGCAUGUUCAGCUGGGUAUUAUGAGUUGGCACAAGUACUGCUUGCAAUGCAUGCAAACGUUGAAGAUAGAGGAAAUAAAGGAGAUAUAACCCCACUCAUGGCAGCAGCCAGUGGUGGCUAUGUGGACAUUGUGAAACUGCUGCUUAUUCAUUGUGCUGAUGUCAAUGCCCAGUCUUCAACAGGAAACACAGCACUCACAUAUGCCUGCGCUGGGGGAUUUGUUGAUAUUGUCAAAGUGUUGUUGAAAGCAGGUGCGAAUAUUGAAGAUCAUAAUGAAAAUGGACAUACCCCCUUAAUGGAAGCAGCCAGUGCAGGUCAUGUUGAGGUUGCAAGAGUACUUCUGGAAUAUGGUGCAGGAAUAAACACUCAUUCCAAUGAAUUCAAAGAAAGUGCUCUUACACUUGCUUGUUAUAAAGGUCACUUAGAUAUGGUUCGUUUCCUACUUGAAGCUGGAGCUGACCAAGAGCACAAAACAGAUGAGAUGCACACAGCUUUAAUGGAGGCUUGCAUGGAUGGGCAUGUGGAAGUAGCUCGUCUGUUACUGGAUAGUGGUGCUCAAGUGAACAUGCCUGCUGAUUCCUUUGAAUCUCCACUGACACUUGCUGCUUGUGGUGGCCAUGUGGAACUAGCAGCCCUGUUAAUAGAGAGGGGAGCAAAUCUUGAGGAAGUUAAUGAUGAAGGUUAUACUCCAUUAAUGGAAGCUGCUCGGGAAGGCCAUGAGGAGAUGGUGGCUCUAUUACUAGCUCAAGGUGCUAAUAUAAACGCACAGACAGAAGAGACACAGGAGACAGCUCUAACUUUAGCAUGCUGUGGAGGGUUUUCAGAAGUAGCUGACUUCCUCAUUAAGGCAGGAGCUGACAUAGAACUUGGCUGUUCUACACCUUUGAUGGAAGCGGCACAGGAGGGCCACUUAGAGCUGGUGAAGUAUUUACUAGCAGCAGGCGCUAAUGUUCAUGCAACAACUGCAACAGGAGACACUGCCUUGACCUAUGCCUGUGAAAAUGGACACACUGAUGUUGCAGAUGUUCUGCUUCAAGCUGGUGCAGAUUUAGAGCAUGAAUCUGAAGGUGGAAGAACACCACUGAUGAAGGCUGCAAGAGCGGGUCAUCUAUGCACUGUACAAUUUCUUAUUAGCAAAGGUGCCAAUGUUAACCGAGCUACAGCUAAUAAUGACCACACAGUGGUGUCACUGGCAUGUGCUGGGGGCCAUCUUGCUGUUGUUGAGCUGCUCCUAGCUCAUGGUGCAGACCCUACUCAUCGUCUUAAGGAUGGCUCGACCAUGCUCAUUGAAGCUGCAAAGGGUGGUCACACAAAUGUUGUUUCCUAUUUAUUGGAUUACCCGAACAAUGUUCUAUCAGUUCCAACUACAGAUAUGUCUCAGCUCACACCGCCAUCUCAGGAUCAGUCUCAGGUUCCACGUGUACCAAUGCAUGCACUUGCCAUGGUUGUACCUCCCCAGGAACCUGACAGAGCUCCUCAAGAGAAUCCCCCUGCACUUUUGAGUCUCCCAAAAGGUACAUCCAAGCAGAAGUCAACUUCCCUUCAGGUAGCAGAUCAGGAGCUACUGUCACCUUUUCACCCAUACCAGCCUUUGGAAUGUAUAGUGGAAGAAACUGAAGGCAAGCUGAAUGAACUUGGACAGAGAAUUAGCGCUAUUGAAAAAGCACAGCUUAAAUCAUUGGAGUUAAUUCAAGGCGAACCUUUGAAUAAAGAUAAGAUUGAAGAGCUCAAAAAGAACAGAGAAGAGCAAGUGCAGAAGAAGAAGAAAAUACUGAAGGAGCUGCAAAAGGUGGAAAGGCAAUUACAGAUGAAAACACAACAGCAAUUUACCAAAGAAUAUUUGGAGACCAAAGGUCAGACAGAGUCACCCCUUACCCAUCAGCAGCAGUGCCCACACACAGGUGUCCUCCCAGAAGUGGAAGGAAAUGAGGGUCUGCCUGGGGAUAGCUUUUCAGAGUUAUGGCAAGUUGACAGAAUCCUGGCAGGUAAAGAUGAGCAGCAGCACUCUCCACCAUCUACUAAGCAAACCGGGUUUGUCCCUCUCCAACCGUUGUCAACGCCACAGUGUAAUUUUUCAAGUAACGUAGGCUGUAAUGGGACAGAUUCUUUUGAACUUCAGAAAGUAUUAGGUAAUCAGCAAAAUGUAGGACAACAGCAGCCAAUUGCAGGACAUGGUCAGGGGCUGUUAGUUCAAGAACCAGACGGAUUAAUGGUUGCCACUCCAGCACAGACGCUUACCGACACUCUUGAUGACCUGCUAGCAGCUGUUAAUAGCAGAGUGCCCACUGGCUCCAAUUCUUCACAUGCUACAGAAUCGCCUACACCUGAACCUUGUUCACAAACACUCAGUGUCACUUCUCAGUCUGUGCUCCCCACGUAUCCUUCAGUUGACAUUGAUGCCCACACGGAGAGUAACCACGAUACUGCGCUGACUCUUGCAUGUGCUGGUGGUCACGAAGAGCUCGUCUCUGUAUUGAUAGCACGUGGUGCCAGUAUAGAACACAGAGACAAGAAGGGAUUUACACCGCUAAUUUUAGCUGCAACUGCUGGACAUGUUGGUGUGGUAGAGAUCCUUCUAGACAAGGGUGGAGAUAUAGAAGCACAAUCUGAACGUACUAAGGACACUCCACUUUCAUUAGCAUGCUCUGGUGGACGCCAAGAGGUUGUUGACUUACUGCUGGCACGAGGAGCAAAUAAAGAACACAGGAAUGUGUCUGAUUAUACACCUCUUAGUCUUGCCGCAUCUGGGGGAUAUGUUAAUAUUAUUAAGAUCCUGCUUAAUGCUGGAGCGGAAAUUAAUUCAAGGACUGGGAGUAAGCUAGGCAUUUCUCCUCUGAUGUUGGCGGCUAUGAAUGGCCAUGUUCCUGCAGUGAAGCUGUUGCUUGAUAUGGGCUCUGAUAUAAACGCUCAGAUUGAGACCAAUCGGAAUACAGCGCUCACUUUGGCCUGUUUCCAGGGCAGAGCAGAGGUGGUCAGCCUGCUUUUGGACAGAAAAGCCAAUGUUGAACAUAGGGCAAAGACUGGGCUCACCCCUCUGAUGGAAGCUGCUUCUGGAGGUUAUGCUGAAGUUGGAAGAGUUCUUCUUGAUAAAGGAGCAGAUGUCAAUGCUCCUCCUGUGCCUUCUUCAAGAGAUACUGCUUUAACAAUUGCAGCAGAUAAAGGCCACUACAAGUUUUGUGAGCUCCUGAUUAAUCGGGGGGCACAUAUUGACGUUCGCAACAAGAAAGGGAACACACCGCUCUGGCUUGCAGCUAAUGGUGGCCACCUUGAUGUAGUUCAGCUGCUUGUGCAGGCAGGAGCUGAUGUGGAUGGUGCAGAUAAUAGAAAAAUUACCCCCCUUAUGUCUGCAUUUCGUAAAGGUCACGUAAGAGUGGUACAGUUUUUGGUAAAAGAAGUUAACCAGUUUCCUUCAGACAUUGAAUGCAUGAGGUACAUAGCAACAAUAACUGACAAGGAUUUGCUGAAGAAAUGUCACCAGUGUGUUGAAACAAUUGUGAAGGCAAAGGACCAGCAAGCAGCUGAAGCAAAUAAGAAUGCAAGCAUCCUGCUGAAAGAGCUAGAUUUGGAAAAGUCCAGAGAAGAGAGUAGAAAGCAGGCUCUUGCAGCGAAGAGAGAGAAGAGGAAGGAGAAGAGGAAGAAGAAGAAAGAAGAGCAAAAACGAAAACAGGAAGAAGAUGAGGAGCACAAACCUAAGGAAACACUAGAGCUGCAAGAAGAUGAAGAUGAAGAUGAGAAUGAUGAUGAUGUUGAUCAAGAAGUUCCUUUAGAGCCUCCAAGUGCAACCACUACAACUACUAUUGGAAUAUCUGCAACAUCAACUACUUUCACAAAUGCUUUUGGAAAGAAGAGGGCCAAUGUGGUAACAACUCCCAGCACAAAUAGAAAGAAUAAGAAGAAUAAAACAAAAGACACUCCUCAAAAUGUGCAGAUAAUUUUGCCAGACCAGCAUAUAACUCUAGCACAGCAAAAAGCAGAUAAAAAUAAAAUCAACGGAGAGCCAAGAGGUGGUAGUGCCGGUGGGAAUAGUGAUUCUGACAACUUAGACAGCACAGAUUGCAAUAGUGAGAGCAGCAGUGGUGGUAAAAGCCAGGAACUGAACUUCACUAUGGACACGCACUCUUCAGGCGAGAGACGAUAUGCCUCAGUACUGCUCCCUUCUCAGGAAGACAAGACUAACACCUCAGUUUCCAAAGUGCAAACCAGACUUGAAGGUGAAGCUAAUCCAAACUCCUUAACAACAAGUUAUAAAUCUGUGUCCCUGCCUCUGACGUCUCCAAACAUAAAGUUGAAUCUGACUAGUCCAAAAAGAGGGCAAAAAAGAGAAGAAGGCUGGAAAGAAGUAGUGAGAAGGCAAGUAGGCAGAGUUUUAAAGGACCCUUCCCCCAGCAACACUCUGCAGUCAGCGCCAAUUGAACAGUUUCAGCUGCAGAGAGGCGGACGCUGCUGUUCAGGAGCAAAAAGGUCAAAAAAGCUCUCUGUCCCAGCGUCCGUUGUUUCUCGAAUAAUGGGAAGAGGUGGGUGCAACAUCACAGCAAUCCAGGAUGUCACUGGUGCUCAUAUUGAUGUGGACAAACAAAAAGAUAAAAACGGAGAGAGAAUGAUCACAAUAAGGGGUGGAACAGAAUCAACAAGAUAUGCAGUACAACUUAUUAAUGCCCUUAUUCAAGAUCCUGCCAAGGAACUGGAAGAUUUAAUUCCCAAAACUCAUAUAAGAACACCUGCUUCCAGCACCAAGUCAGUCCAUACAAAUUUUUCAUCUGGCGUCAGUACUGCUUCAGCUUCAAACAAAAACUCAUUUCCCCUUGGAGCUCCAUCUCUUGUCACCUCUCAGUCAUCAACGCUGUCUACCUUCCAGUCUGCUAACAAAUUAAGCAAGAAUGUCCCUGCAAACGUGCGCUCUUCUUUCCCAGUCUCUCUUCCCUUAGCUUAUUCCCACCCUCACUUUGCCAUAUUGGCUGCCCAAACUAUGCAACAAAUUCGUCACCCUCGCUUACCGAUGGCCCAAUUUGGAGGAACAUUUUCAACCUCUCCAAACACUUGGGGACCAUUCCCAGUGAGGCCAGUUAACCCAGGCAGCACAAAUAGCUCUCCAAAGCAUAACAGUUCAAGUCGCGUAGUUAACCAGAAUGGCAAUAUUUUGCAGCCUGAAUCCACGGGUUUAGCUCCCACUUGUCCUGGCACUGUCUCUUCAGUAGUUGCCUCCUCCCAGCCACUCUGUGUUACAAGUAACCGGACUCCAUCAUCGGUCAGAAAACAGUUGUUUGCUUGCGUUCCUAAAACAAGUACCAUGACGACAGCGAUCUCAACUGUGACAACAACAUGUAGCACACUGCCUUCAGCUUCUCCUGCACCUGAAAACACGGGGCAUGCUCCCACUACAUUUCUACCCGCUAGUGUUCCACAGGCACAGCAGUCUGCACUUAAAACAGAUGCUGUUUCUUCUGCCCCAGUACCCAAAGAAAAGGCAUCGACACCAGAACAAUCUGUUGGAAACGCAUGUGUGCCAUCAUCGGUUGCUGCUAGCAGCAAUAUCUCAUCUGGCAGCACUUCGGGAGUCAUAGAAACGUGCCCAUCUAGCAGCCCUGCACCUCCAAACAAUGCGCAAGAUGAAACACUGCCGACCAACAUGUCUGACUUAAGUCCUCCCAUAUCUAUGUCUUUUUCUUCCAGUUCAGAACCUGCUCCAUUAAGCUUAGCUUCACCCAGAUCGGUUGCUACGGAUAAUCAGGACAGUGGUACCUUACCUCAGUUAGCUGUACCAGCACCCCGUGUUUCUCACAGAAUGCAACCCAGAAAUUCAUUUUAUUCAAUGGUACCAAAUGCAAACAUACACCAGGAACCUCAGUCCAUUUUCGUUACAAAUGCAGUACCUUUGACACCUUCGCAAGGGCCACCACCCACAGUUCAGCUGUCAUCGCCCAUGAACGUUAUGAACGGUUCUCAGAUGCAUAUUAACCCAGCAAACAAAUCCUUGCCUCCUACAUUUGGCCCAGCAACGCUCUUCAAUCACUUUAGUAGUCUUUUUGAUAGCAACCAGGUGCCAGCUAACCAGGGAUGGGGAGACUGCCCGCUGUCCACACGAGGAGCAGCAGACCAACCUUACGCUGUCCAGUCUACGUAUUUGGGUAACUCUGUGAUGGGGCACAUGGAAAAUGUGCAUCCUGAUAACUCCAAGGCUCCAGGGUUCCGGCCUCCUUCCCAGAGAGUUUCAACUAGUCCUGUAGAUCCAUCCAGCAGCUCCUCAAACUCCUCUUCAGCGCCUAUGGCUGGUUUUUCAGCAAACAUUCAAGGAGCACGGGUUUAUCUUCAAGGGCCAGCACCUGUUGGGACCCCCAGCUUUAACAGACAGCAUUUUUCACCACACCCUUGGACAAGUGCUACAAAUUCAUGUAGGAGUUUUGGGGGUCUGUCUAAUUCAACUCUUCAGUCUGUUGGUGAAUCUCCUAUUCCAUCAGUUUCCUCGGGAUCAUCCUCGCCCCUAUCAGCUGCUUCUGCACCUUCUUCUCUGGGUCAGCCAAAAUCAGGGAGCACAGCACAAGAUCGAAAGGUGCCACCGCCUAUUGGAACAGAACGACUUGCUAGGAUUCGGCAAGGAGGUUCUGUCACACCUACCCCCUUGGGAACCAACUUUGCAGCUCCUGUUGGACACAGCGGUAUCUGGUCAUUUGGUGUUAACAAUGUUUCAGAAGGCAUGUCAGGUUGGUCUCAGCCUGUCAUGGGAAAUCAUCCAGUUCAUCAGCAGCUGUCAGACCCAGGCACCUUUUCCCAACAUCAGCCGAUGGAGAGAGAUGACUCUGGAAUAGUGGCGCCCUCAAAUAUUUUCCAGCAGCCUAUGCCGAACAGCUUUGUGGAUUUCUCUAAAGGCCUUCCAAUCUCCAUGUAUGGCGGCACUAUUAUACCGUCUCAUCCUCAGCUAGCUGAUGGACCAGGUGGGCCUCUCUUCAAUGGACUGCAUACUCCAGAUCCAGCAUGGAAUCCCAUGAUAAAGGUUGUCCAAAAUUCAACAGAAUGUACCGAUGCUCAGCAGAUUUGGCCUGGCACCUGGGCACCUCACAUUGGAAACAUGCACCUCAAAUACGUCAACUGAUUUAGGAGGGCCUACCUUUUCCUUUCCUUUUCUUUUUUUUAAGCCUUGUUUGGAGAAACAUAUGACCUUGGAAGAACUUGGGAAUUUUUUAAAUGUGCCUAACUAAGCAAUUUUUCUGCGGGCUAUAACAAGAGAAACUUGUUUGCCCAUUGUGUAAGAACAAAAUGAGUUACCUAUUCAACUGAUUCUGUUCUCCAGUUAGUUUAGCCAUUUUGAACUCAAAAUCGGAUGAACUUAGUGCUUUUGGCUAAACACUACUGAAUGCUACUUGUAUGCAGCAGAGAACUAGAUGAGUACAUGAUUUCAACCUUUUAGGGUGAUAAAUACAUGUAUAAUUGUUUACAUACUUAAAAGGAAAAACGUUGAGUAAAUUUCAUGUCGUAUAGUGGCUCUACUUUAUGUAGCCUGUAUUAAUGUGAAAUAUUUACCUGAAUAUUCAAUAAAAAGAUGAACAUUAUAA